AUGCCUACCUCCAGCGGCAGACCACUGAGGCAUGGAUCCCAAGGAGAAGUCUCCCUUGCCAUCUCUCUCAGAGACGGUAAAUCCUACGUCCGCAAAAAGCUAUGGCGCGGCGACUUCUCCCGGGAACUUCCCUUCUACAACCGCAUCCCCACUUCCAUGGCCCCGGAGCCAAUCGCCAGAAAAGUAUACACUCAACCUAAAGGCAAUGCAACGAUCUUUCAGUGCGGCAAUGGAGACGAUUUGCUGCACUUCGAAAGCAAAGUUACCAAUGCUGGAUGGAAGUUUCCUGAGAGAUGCGAAGAUGGUGUCGUUACGGUUGAAAUGAAUUGGAAUCCAAUCAUUCAUCAUGCUGUGCACGAAGGGAACAUCUUCCUUCGCCGGGAAGACGAUGAUGAUUUACUGCCCUCUACUCGCUUGGGAGACUGGGGGCUAGCAUCCGCGGUCGAAGGGCAUGCUGAUAUCAAUGGACGAGUGCUGGUCGAUUCAGAGACUCUGAAUCGUGAUCUCGCGCAUGUCAUUUAG